AUGAGAAUUUACUCGUGCCAUUUCUGCUCGUCGCCGGUCUAUCCGAGUAAAGGCAUUAUGUUCGUCAGAAAUGACGCCAAAGAGUUCCGUUUCUGCCGGUCUAAGUGUCACAAGGCAUUCAAGCAGAGAAGAAACCCAAGAAAGUUGAGAUGGACUAAAGCAUUCAGAAAGGCCGCCGGCAAGGAGUUGGUGGUGGACUCCACGUUGACAUUUGCUGCCAGAAGAAACGUGCCUGUCAGAUACAACAGAGAGUUGGUGGCCACCACAUUGAAGGCCAUGUCCAGAAUCGAGGAAAUCAGACAAAAGAGAGAGAGAGCCUUCUACAAGAACAGAAUGAGAGGCAACAAGGAGAGACAGAUGGCUGCCGACCGUAAGUUGGUGGAGGAGAACCCUGAGUUGUUGAGAAUGAGAGACGUGGAAUUGAGAAGAAAGGCCGAGAAGUUGGAGAAGAAGCAGCAGAGCGAGGAACAGAGCGAGCAGAGCGAGAGCGACGACGAGAUGGACGUGGAGUCCGAGUCCGAGUCCGAGGACGAGGCUGUCAAGCAGAAGGUUGUAUUGAAGGCCAGAAGAAAGGCCAGAGCUUAG